UGGGGUUAAUCAAGAAACAACAAUAGAUAAUUUUCAAGCGGCUGAAGAUUUUACAAUAAAGAAUCCUCCACUAGAAGAAAUACCGCCUAAGGAUCAUAUAAUAUACAUUCAAAGUUUAGGUGGUGCUAUAGCUUGGGAUUGGGAUCCUGAUGAUUCAUUAUUAAAACAGCAAAUCGUUUUUAUGACGGAUGAGGGUAAAACUAUUAACUUUCAUAAGCGAUUAGACUCUAUGGUGCAAACGAACUAUCCAUUUUUUAUACCUCAAGUUGAAGGUGAUGUACUCUAUGAGGCCCCGUUUGGACGACCAGAAACCAUGCCACAUCGACUAGGUCAAAUGCUACAUUAUUUUGAGAUAACGGUCUUGGCAAAUCCUGAUAAAAGAAAUACCAUUAUCGCUAUAGGGUUGGCUACCAAGCCUUAUCCUCCUUUUAGGUAUUUAUAUAAUUAA